AUGGAUUCAUAUGCUCGAUUAAUAUCUAGCUACUUUUUCCUUGCGUGGUACUUGUUCAUUGUGCUUGUUGCAUAUAUAGGAUUUGUGGAAAUCUUACUCAAAUUCAGAAAGAGAAAUAUACUAUGGAAAGUAAACCAUGAAAAACAAGAUCAGAACGAGGACCAAUACGAAGGGGUCACUAUAAUCCGUCCGAUAAAAGGCAUAGAUCCUGAGCUUAGUUCAUGUCUUGAAUCUUCGUUUUGCCAAUCAUACCCUAUUUCAAAAUUGCAAAUUUUAUUUUGUGUUGAUAAUCCAUCCGAUCCAGCUAUCCCAAUUAUCAGGUCAUUGAUCAAGAAAUAUUCCCACAUUGACUCACAAAUACUUGUAUCGGAAAACUUUAAUGAAGUUACAAAAACUAGCGAAGAUCAUUACGGACCCAAUCCUAAAGUUAACAACUUGGCUAAGGCGUUUGUCCUGGCCAAAUAUGAUAUCUUGUGGAUAAUGGAUAGUAACGUAUGGGCUAGUUCCAACAUCUUGAAGAACUCAGUUAUUACGCUCAACCAAAAUUUAAAUAAUGGAAGACAAUUAAACAGUCAACGUAAGGUCAAAUUAGUUCACCAUGUGCCGUUGGCCAUGAGUAUUUCCAAGAAAACAUACGAGGAAGAAGAUGAUAUCGAUUUAGAGUAUGGGUUGACACCACAACAAUCUCAUGACUCAGAUUCCAGUACCAGUAAUAGUUCAAGUGCAAACGUGCACAUAGGGGUAGCUAAGCGGAAAUCACCGUUACGUCAACAAAUAAGAGUAGCAGAUAGUUUUGAGCAAGAAGAAUCGCCAAGAAAAGUCAGGUUUCUUGAUAAAUUAGGGGCAAAAUUAGAUGAAAUGUUUUUACAUACCUCCCAUUCCAAAUUUUACGUUGCAUUAAACAAUGUCGCGGUUGCGCCCUGUGUCAAUGGUAAAUCCAACAUGUAUCGCCGUUCCGAACUCGAUCGCGCCGUGUCGCUUAUCGCUUCGCACGAUUCACCAUUUUUCCAUGAUCCAAUUGUGAAGCAACAAGCUGUGUAUUAUUCCUCGCUUGGUCCGGGACAUGCAAUCAAGUUCUUUGCCCGGUAUAUCGGCGAGGACAAUAUGAUUGGUAUUGCCCUUUGGGAAAAUUGUUUUGCGCGUACUGGGCUCACUGGUGAUGUAGUUGUUCAACCCAUCUUUGAAUCGAAUAACACCAUCAAUGAUUAUAUUCAACGGAGAGUUAGAUGGCUCCGAGUACGUAAGUACAUGGUGUUGCUAGCCACUUUGAUUGAGCCCACGACUGAAUCGCUCAUUUGUGGGGUUUAUGGGACGUAUGCGGUGUCGAGUAUAUUUUUCAAUUGUUGGUUUCAUUGGGGGUGGUUUUUGGCACAUAUGAUUGUGUGGAUGAUGACUGAUUAUAUUCAGUAUCAUACAUUCACCAAUCAUGUGACGGAUGCUAGCGAAGUGAAUUAUAUGCCCACAUGGUUGAGAUAUAAGCCUGCGGGAUCGAGGUUGGAUUGGUUACGGGUUUGGGCUGUGAGAGAAGUCUUGGCGUUACCUAUUUGGAUAAUUGCCAUGGUUGGGCAUGAAAUUGAUUGGAGGGGUAAGCCAUUUAUGAUCAAAAAGGAUUUGACGGCGGAGGAGAUGUAA